AUGAGUUGUUCAAACUACAAGCCAGGCCACCACCCCAGAGAAGCAGUAACUGUGGCACAGGAAGUGGUCACAACCAUGAUCGCCAAGGGGUAUGUUUUGGGCAAAGAUGCACUAAUCAAGGCCAAAGCUUUUGAUGAGGCCCAUGGAGUCUCUGCUGCUGCAGCAGCCAAGAUUGCUGAGCUUAGCAAGAGAAUUGGACUAACUGAUAAGAUAUAUGCUGGCGUGGAAACUGUUCGAUCUGUGGAUGAAAAGUACCAUGUUUCAGAGUUUAGUAAAGCAGCUGCAAAUAAGAUUUAUGGAGGUGUAGAAGCCGCUCAGGCUGUGGAAGAUAGGUACCAGCUUUUGGAGUUCACCAAAUCAGCUGCAGUGGUUACUGGGAAAACAACUGUUGCAGCUGCAAAUGCCUUUGUUAACAGCAGCUACUUUGCCAAGGGAGCUCUUUGGGUUUCAGGCGUUCUCACUCGUGCAGCAAACGCAGCAGCUGAUUUGGGCAAUAAGGGUAACAAAAUGUAAAAUUUUGGAUUGACACUACUUUUUAGUUUGUUCCUCUUUGUUCUUACCGACAAAUAAAUAAACUCUCACUGUAUAGCAACUUAGUUUGGGGGAGUUGUUUGGUAGUAACUCAGAAGUUGCACUGUACUCAGUGCACUUCCUUACAACUUAGCAUCUUUAGAUCAAUGCCACUGUAUCUUAUCCAACCUUAGAAGCUUAUCUGAAAAACUCAUAGUGUUGGUUUUUUUUCUACAA